AGGGGAAGCGGCUGCCCUCCAUAAAAAGCCAGGCAGGGAGGCAGGCAGGCAAGAAGGUGUGCGCAACAAGUGGCAGCGAGCGGGGACCAAGAGCUUUGCAGAAUGGAGGUGCUGCCAGUGGACUUGCCAAACCUCCGAACCUCCUCCUCUCAUUCCCAGCAAGGAAUCGCAAGCCGGAUCAGCCAAGCGCACCACUUGAGUGUCUCCAUGCAAAGGGGCUCAGAACAGCUGCUAACAGAAUAUGUGCUUCGCCAAGGGAUACCCUUUGGGAAUGCUGACUUCAACCCACAUGUUCCUGAUUUUCCAGGCCUGCCAUCUCCAGCCCUUUCUCAGGAGGCCUGGAAGGACCUUAGUGAUGCUGAGCGGCUGCAGCAGGAUGUCAUGGCCUUUUCUAACUUGCCAGCCUUCCUGUCAGCUGUGAAGCGCCAACAGGAGAUGCUGAACUCUCUUGCCUCAGAGCUGCAUCGCCAGCUCGAGACUGCGGGCAUGCAGUGCCGUGGUAUGGCUAGCAAUCUUAAAUCCAUCAUGACUGCCAUGGGUCUGAUGCCAGAGCCGGCAGUGCCAGUUGAACCCCCAAACCCAGUUGAAAACUUCUCCAAGAAACUCGUCGGCUACUAUGUUUGCCAGCUCUAUCGGGAAUGGGCCAACCGAAGUGAAGAGGACUUGGCUUUAUUGGCUACCAAAUAUCCUCUCUGAACAUCCUCACUCUCUUGACUAUCUUCCUGUAGCCAUGGGGCAGGGGGAGUUGCAUAGUAUGCCCCCCCUCCAAUGUUGACUGUCCUGUAUGUGUGGAAGGGAGGGUGGGCAUGUCCUUCGCUGUACACAGUGAUGGGCUGAAAAAAAAUGAAAUGCCCAUUUCCAGGAGCAGGGUAAGAAAAGAGGUCAUAGGAGAAAACUUUCCUAAAAUGCUGAAAUAUGCAUCUUGCCUUACAUCCUGGUGCUUCCCUCUUUUGCCCCCUGAUUUUAUUUCUUUAUAAUAUACACUACUGAGACAAAAAAAAAAGAUUUGGGAGGAGGGGGUUAAAACUUUUGCUGCUUACAAUGAUUAUGGAUAGCAAAAGAGGGUUGAUGGCAGCCAUUUUGAAAAAGGGCUUGCCUUGCCUGCUGCAUGGCAGCCAUUUUGAGAGGUACAUCCACUACAGGCUGAAUAUGUGCCAGAGGGUGAAGAGAUGAAUAGAUGAUCAGCUCCUGCCUUAAGGCUAAGACAGUAAAGGAAGCUGAACUGGUUUGACUUCUAGAAGAAGGAGCAAGGUGUCCAGUUUUCAACCGACUGGAACUGUUCAAACAACUUUUUCUCCAUGAAGCAAAGAGGACUUCCCCAUCCCUUAUGACCAAGACAUAGCCCCUCAGUUCCUCUAUUCUCCCCACCACUACCACCACAUGUAUGAAAAGAUAAGAGUUGCCCCUGAUGCCAGCUCUGUGCCUCUUAACAGCUAUAAAACCUGUGUCGAAAUGGCUUCAAACACAGAGUCUGUACUGGUGUGAAACGCAUGCUGUUCCCAUUUGAUCUUCCUCCUGCCCACCCACCUGCCACACAGGCUACUGAGCUGUUUCUGUCUCAAAAGUGCCCAGUCUGGAGAAGAUGGUGGAGAUCUUUAGCUAUUCCUUGGCAUCUUGUUCAGCUCCCAGUUGCCUUUCCUUCCAACAGAAAUCCCUGAACUAUGCACACACAUGCACAAAAUUGGGUGACAAACACUUUCCGUUUUCCUUCUUUUCAUAUGCUCUUGUUUUCUGACACUGGUUUGGGGUCUUCUUUGCUGGAUUCUGAUGUACGUUCCUGCUCUUGUAAGCUCUGGUACUUGCAUAGUAAUUAUAUGAAUAUCUUUAAUGUUAACUUUAAUUAAAAUAAAAGUAUUUUUA